GAGUAAAAAACAAUCUAAAUCUAAAAAGAGAAAAAAAAAAAAAACACUGAUCACCCAUUCGUUCUGAGAUAUAACAUCGUGCUUACUUUUUACUACUUUCUAAACCACUUUCAACAUUCUAUGAGAAGCUAUUUCUGUUUGGGAACCAAGAAAACUGAAGAGCAUUAGGGGGAAAAAAGCUCAAAAAUUCGAAGGCUUUUGAUUUGAAAAUUGAAACCAAAAUUAUGGAAGACAAUCCCAUGACUGCAAUGACAGUUGCAAGCCCUAAGACCACACAGGAGCUAGCCGUGGAGGGCCAGAAGCAUCUAGAAGACACCAUAGAGGCCGCUUUCCAGAUCCUCUCCUCCAUGAACGACGAGCUCUGCAAUCCCGCCUUGUGGUCCACUACUUCUUCAGCUUCUUCUCCUCCCGCCCCUGUCAAUGCUACCUCUUCCCUCUCAAACGGCGUCGUCGCUAACGGAGACGCCUCUGCUUCUGAUGGCACCGGAGCCCAUCAUCACCACGGGGAGCUUGGUGGUGGUGGUGCUGCUGCUGGGGCUGGGGCUGCCGGGGGUGCUCUUGGUGAGGCUCAGUUCCGCUACAAAAACGCUGUCUCUUCGCUUCGUGCCAUUCUUACUUCAAUUCCCACUUCUCAGAGAGGAAGAGCAUACGAAUCGGGAUCAACUGCAACUGGUUCAUUGUCCCAAGCAGAGCAAUUAGAGAUUGAAAAAUUAGAAGAGAGAUCCUCUAAUCUGAAAAAGGAGCUUGCAAACAAGAAUUCCUAUCUCAAAAAUCUCAUAGAUCAGUUACGAGACCUUAUUGCUGACAUAUCUACAUGGCAAAGCCCAUGUUCAGUCUGAGUUCAAGGUGGAUAGAUGAGGUUUCAAAUAUGCUUCGCAACAAGAGUGGCUUGAGCUCAUAUCCUAACAAUUUUUAUGAGUCUCCCCUAAAGACUUGGGCUUGAGCAACGAUGUGUAGAUGUUUCAACCAAAGCUGGGGGACCGGAGUGAUUAUGUUUCAGUAUUAUAUGGCUGUAAAAUGCGAUGUACAAGUAUAUUUAUUACGAUUUGUUAGAAUCGUGGAAAUUUUGGUUUUAUAUGUGCUCAGGGUCAAACUAUCUCAAAACAAGUUUCUCCUUUGAAAAUUUUGUAAUAGACAUUCGACAGUUGUUUCAAACUCACACUUCUGAUUUCUUUUCCA